AUGGGCUGGCUCGCGCCUGUCGUCAUUCGGGCGAAGAUCCUAAUCCAAAGCACCUGGCUUCAGCAACUUGAUUGGGACGCUCCACUGCCGGCCAAGGAUGCUCGACAUUGGCAACAGCUGUUGGAUCAGUUGCCGCUGCUCAGGCACAUACGCGUGAAUCGCUGGCUCAGCACCGACAACGAUCACUCGAGGUUGCAGCUCCACGGUUUUGCUGAUGCUUCCGAACGAGGAUACGCCGCAGUAGUCUACCUCCGCACCACUGAAAGGGGAAAACCGUCAAUUAAUCUACUCAUGGCGAAAUCCAAGGUCGCACCCGUCAAGCAGGUUUCGUUGCCGCGACUUGAGUUGUGCGCUGCUAGCCUACUCACCACGCUCACGCUGCAUGUCCGCGACAUUCUCGGCUUGGCAACUACUCCAGUAUAUCUGUGGUCCGAUUCCCAGGUCACGCUUCAUUGGAUCCAGGGACACGCCACUCGCUGGAAAACUUUCGUCGCCAACCGGGUAGCUCAUAUCCAGACACAGCUCCCGGACGCUCGAUGGAGACACGUAGCCGGGAAGAAUAAUCCUGCAGACUGCGCAUCGAGAGGAAUUACUCCUGGAGAAUUAAUCAACCACGCAUUAUGGUGGACUGGACCUACCUGGUUGGCACUGGACGAGACAGCAUGGCCCAGCUCAGAGGUCCACAUCGCAGAGGAUGACCUUCCUGAACAGCGCACCACCAGCCUGAUGACCAAGGGCUCCGUCGUCGUCGAACCGGACAUCCUUCUUCGGUUCUCUGCGCUUCAUCGGCUGCUACGCGUUACGGCUUGGUGUCGUCGAUGGCUCAACGUGGCGAGCCGGGAGGUCACACCUGGUUGUCCACUACACCCCGACGAGCUGGACGCCGCCCUACUCCAGUGGCUUCGAGUAGUACAGGCGCUCCACUUCCCGGACGAGAUAGCUGCUGCCACCGCAGGACGCUCCGGCCCACCACGCAGUUCACUGAUCAAGCUGAAUCCGUUCAUCGACGACCAAGGUGUACUGCGCGUUGGAGGACGUCUCAAACACGCACUGCUGCCCUACGACGAGAAGCACCCGGUGAUCAUACCGCCGGCCUCCUGGAUGACGCGACUGCUGAUCGAGUCCUGCCAUCGUCGCUCUCUGCACGGCGGCGUCCAGAUGACACUCGGUCUGCUUCGCCUUCGAUUCUGGGUACCACGCGGAAGGACCGUCGUCAAGCAGCAACUGCAUCGGUGCGUCACUUGCACUCGCUGGCGCGCUGCCACGCCACAGCCUCCAAUGGGCCACCUUCCUCGGGACCGAGUGACGCCAACUCGACCUUUCUUGAGCACUGGACUGGACUACGCGGGACCAAUUUCCAUCCGGACCAGCAAAGGACGCGGACACCGCUCACAGAAAGGAUACAUCGCGGUCUUCGUCUGCUUUUGGUCGAAGGCCAUCCACCUCGAGGUCGUCUCGGAUUACAGCUCCGAGGCCUUCAUCGCCGCCUUACGCCGCUUCGUCUCUCGCAGAGGACUGUGUACGGACGUCUACAGCGACUGCGGCACAACAUUCGUUGGCGCCGAUCGCACCCUGCGGGAGCUCUUCAAGGCGUCGACCUCCGAGGGCCUUCACAUCGCCCGCGCCGCCAACACUCAAGGGAUCCGCUGGCAUUUUAAUCCGCCAGCGGCCCCUCACUUCGGUGGUCUUUGGGAGGCUGCCGUGAAAUCCACGAAAUUUCACCUCCGCCGAGUAAUCGGCGACACCACGCUCACUUUUGAGGAGCUUAGCACACUCCUCACACAAAUCGAGGCGUGUCUUAAUUCUCGUCCGUUGCAGGCUCUGUCAGACGAUCCAGACGACACUUCAGCACUCACUCCAGGGCACUUCAUCAUCGGCGCGCCUCUAUUAGCUAUACCUGAGCCGUCACGGAUCGGACAAUCAUCAUCCACGCUGUCACGCUGGCAUCACCUGCAGCUGAUGCGAGACCAUUUUUGGCAGCGGUGGUCGGCUGAGUACGUGCACGGGCUCAACCCCCGCACCAAAUGGGUCAAGGCCGAGGCCGCACCUCACGUCGGGGACCUUUGCAUCAUCCGCUCGGAGCUCACCCCUCCGACUCGAUGGCCUCUUGCAAGGAUCACGAGACUGCAUCCCGGGGACGACGGUGUCGUCCGCGUGGUCUCAGUACGCACCGCCACAUCCGAAUUCGUACGCCCGAUCGUUAAAUUGGUCAUGCUCCCGGGCGCGGAUCGUAUUCCGGACACGAAUAACGCGGACACGCCGUCCGCCGGCACGUAA